GGAACCUCUUUCCCUUCCUGAUCCCGUUUAUAUGCUACGGCGACUUCCGCUGGUGCUGCUAAAGCAGUGCGAUCAUGGCGGAGCGCGUUCAGCAGCCCCCAGCUAAACGGCUCUGCUGCCGACCCGGGUACAACACAGCAUGCAGACAAGGCCAACGGGCCGGUGGAACAGUAUGUGGCGGUCCUGGCGCUGGCCAAGGGGGAUCCAGCAAGACCCAGAGCCCGGAAUCUCUGUUGGACAUCGCGGCAAGGAAAGUAGCAGAGAAGUGGCCGUUUCAAAGGGUGGAGGAGCGUUUCGAAAGGAUCCCAGAACCUGUUCAAAGACGGAUCGUCUACUGGUCUUUCCCCAGGAGCGAACGUGAGAUCUGCAUGUACUCUUCGUUCAAUACAGGCGGAGAUGAGACUGGGGCAAGCGGUGAGAACAGCGACGAGACACGGUUGCCUUUCCGCCGGGGCAUCGCUCUACUGGAGAGUGGCUGUGUGGACAACGUAUUGCAAGUCGGCUUUCAUCUCAGUGGUACAGUCACAGAGCCGGCGACGCCGUCAAACCCGGAGGUUGUAUGCAGCGUGGCCAUCAGCUUCGACCGCUGCAAGAUCACCUCGGUGACGUGCGGCUGCGGCAACAAGGACAUCUUCUACUGCGCGCACGUGGUGGCACUCUCGCUCUACCGCGUACGGCGGCCCGAGCAGGUCAAGCUGCACCUGCCCAUCUCGGAGACGCUCUUCCAGAUGAACCGCGACCAGCUGCAGAAGUUCGUGCAGUACCUCAUCACUGUGCACCACACCGAGGUGCUGCCUACCGCCCAGAAACUCGCCGACGAGAUCCUCUCACAGAACUCCGAGAUCAACCAAGUACACGGCGCCCCAGACCCCACAGCGGGGGCCAGCGUGGACGACGAGAACUGCUGGCACCUGGACGAGGAGCAGGUCCAGGAGCAGGUCAAGCUCUUCCUGUCCCAGGGCGGCUACCACGGCUCGGGCAAACAGCUCAACCUGCUCUUCUCCAAGGUGCGUGAGAUGUUGAAGAUGCGUGACUCUAACGGGGCACGGAUGCUCACGCUCAUCACGGAGCAGUUCAUGGCCGACCCACGACUGGCUCUCUGGAGGCAACAGGGCACCAGCAUGACCGACAAGUACCGCCAGCUCUGGGACGAGCUCGGUGCGUUGUGGAUGUGCAUCGUGCUGAACCCCCACUGUAAGGCGGAGCAGAAGGCCGGCUGGCUCCGGCAGCUCAAGAAGUGGAACAGCGUGGACGUGUGUCCCUGGGAGGACGGUAACCACGGCAACGAGCUGCCCAAUUUAACCAACGCCUUGCCUCAGGGCGCCCACGGGAACCAAGGUGAGUUUCGCCCACAUAGGACAGCCCUGUGCUAUUCUCUUGAUGCGUGUGACCUCCACUGGCAGGACAGCCACCUGCAGCACAUCAUCAGCGAGGACCUCUACACCAACUACUGUUACCAUGACAACACUGACAGCUCGCUCUUCGACACCCGCGGCUGGCCCCUGUGGCACGAGCACGUUCCGACGGCGUGUGCACGGGUGGAUGCUCUCCGUUCCCACGGCUACCCUCGAGAGGCACUGCGGCUGGCCAUCGCCAUUGUCAACACGCUACGGAGACAACAACAGAAACAGCUGGAGCUCUUCAGAAACCACAAAAAAGACCUGCUCCAUAAAGGGAUCACGUCCAUCACCAAUCCUGAGGGGUGGGUGGGGCACCCCCUGGACCCCAUCGGAACGCUCUUCAGCACCCUCAUGGAGACCGGCCGGGAGGACGACGGGGACGUCUCCGGCUCCAUGGGUUCCAUAAAGUGUUCAGAGACGACGCACCUGCUGUCGUCGUCGUCAUCGUCAUCAUCAUCGUCGUCGUCAUCCACGCUGCAGUUUCUGGAGGAGGGUGAGUCGUUCGUGGCGCUGGCAGUGGAGACGGCGUUGGUGGGCCUGGGCCAGCAGCGGAGCAUGCCCGACGGGCUCUACGCCCAGGAGAAGGUGUGCCGCAACGAGGAGCACCUCAUCGCCAAGCUGCAGGAGGUGGAGCUGGACGACACGCUCGUCAAGAUAUUCCGCAAGCAGGCCGUCUUCCUGUUAGAAGGGGGACCGUACAGUGGUUUAGGGGAACUUGUAUACAGAGAGAGUGUUCCGAUGCACACGUUUGCCAAGUAUCUCUUCACGUCUCUCCUACCUCACGACGCUGAACUGGCUUAUAAAAUUGCACUGCGAGCAAUGCGGUUACCAGUAUUGGAAUCCACGGCUCUUCUCUCUGUGUGUGUGUGUGUGUCCUCCUCCCUGUCCCCGCAUCACCACAUUGUGUGGGGUGGUGACCCCAACCACUACCCGGUGCUGGUUCACACCCCCAGCCACACUCAGAAGUCACAACAGUGCGAGCUGGCCUCCACCAUGCUCACCGCAGCCAAAGGAGACGGCCGGUGGUUAGAAACAGUAUUAGAGUCCAUACAGAAAAACAUCCACACCUCGUCCCACAUCUUCAAACUGGCGCAGGAUGCCUUCAAGAUCGCCACCCUCAUGGACAGCCUGCCCGAUAUCACCUUACUCAAAGUAUCCCUGGAACUAGGACUUCAGGUAAUGAGAAUGACACUCUCAACAUUAAAUUGGAGAAGGCGGGAAAUGGUACGGUGGCUGGUUACCUGUGCCACAGAAGUUGGGGUCUAUGCACUGGACAGCAUCAUGCAGAGCUGGUUCACACUCUUCACACCGACGGAGGCCACAAGCAUCGUGGCGACGACGGUCAUGUCCAACAGCACCAUCGUGCGCCUGCACCUGGACUGCCACCAGCAGGAGAAGCUGGCGGGCAGCGCGCGGACGCUGGCACUGCAGUGCGCCAUGAAGGACCCGCAGAACUGCGCGCUGUCGGCGCUGACGCUCUGCGAGAAGGACCACAUCGCCUUCGAGACGGCCUACCAGAUCGUGCUGGACGCGGCCACCACCGGCAUGAGCUACACGCAGCUCUUCACCAUUGCGCGCUACAUGGAGCACCGCGGCUACCCGAUGCGCGCCUACAAGCUGGCCUCGCUGGCCAUGGCCCACCUCAACCUGAGCUACAACCAGGACACGCACCCGGCCAUCAACGACGUGCUGUGGGCGUGCGCGCUCAGCCACUCGCUGGGCAAGAACGAGCUGGCCGCCAUCAUCCCGCUGGUGGUCAAGAGCGUCAAGUGCGCCACGGUGCUCUCGGACAUCUUGCGGCGGUGCACGUUGACCACGCCGGGCAUGGUGGCGCUGCACAGCCGGCGGAACUCGGGCAAGCUCAUGUCGCUGGACAAGGCGCCGCUGCGGCAGCUGCUGGACGCCACCAUCGGCGCCUACAUCAACACCACGCACUCGCGCCUCACGCAUAUCAGCCCGCGCCACUACAGCGAGUUUAUCGAGUUCCUCAGCAAGGCGCGCGAGACCUUCCUCAUGGCGCACGACGGACACAUCCAGUUCACGCAGUUCAUAGACAACCUGAAACAGAUCUACAAAGGCAAAAAGAAACUGAUGAUGCUGGUCCGAGAGAGAUUUGGUUAAACAAGACCCCCCCCUACACACAAACACAGGGAGGAGGGGAGGGGGGCAAAAAAAAAAAAAAACACCUACCCUUCCUCUCAGCUCUUACUUGAGUUUGCCUUUGUAUCGUUUCUAACUUAAAAGUGACAAGCAAACAAACAAAUAAACAAACAGAGAACCGAUGGAAGGAGCAGGACUUGAGGGAAGCAGCCAGAACCACAGCGGUAUUAUAAUGUGUAUAGACCUGUUAGUUUGCGAAAGCGAAAAAAAAAAGACAAAAAAAAAAACAAACGAACAGAAAGUGUCAUGUCGUGGACGUUUGUGUGUUUCCCUUCAUUUUGUAUGAAAGAGCGCGAGUGUGAUAAAAGAGGGAAAAAAAAUAAGAAAAUGGAAAAAAAAAAAAUGUUUUGGUUUACACUGAGUAUAUGUUGUCCAGUGGCAAAAGGCCCACAGAGCACUCCUGUUUUCUCUGUUCACAAUCCCAGCCUCAAAGAGAAGAGAUAUGGCUUUAAACCAAACACGACACCUCCAUCCUAAGUGACAAGUACCUCGUACGGAUCCAGCUUUACUCCCACCUGACCUGCUCACACAUUUCCAGUAAAGUGAAUAAGCGUGCGAAAAGCAACGAGAGAGAGAGAGAGAGAGAGAGAAAAAAAAACAAUUUUCCUAGCUUUUUUGUUCUCUUUUUUUUCCCUUCCCCAGGAAGCCGUGAAAUAUCCAACUCCAAGCUACCCUUGCUUUGCAGUGCUGUUUGGUCUGAAGCAUAUAGACAAAUUACACCUGUUAUUAUACACAUACACACACACACACACACACACACACACACACACACACACACACACACAAACAGACACACAUACACACAGACACAGUUAAAGAAACGCGCUGUGUCUCACAUGUACAUGCACACACACAUAUAAACACACACACACACAUAAGAACUCCAACACCCCCAUUGUGCUUGCGCUUGUGGAAACUUAGCAACUGUCAACAUACAUUCUCAGGGAUUUCUCUAAAAACAGAAAAUGACAAAAAAAGAGAGAAUGAGAGCAUUUUAUUGUACUGUAUAUAUGAUAGUAUAUGUCUGAAUAUUGAGAAAAUGUAUAUGUUAACUAAUUUAUAAAAGAAUAUUCUAUGUAAUGCAAAAUACUUGAAGCUGCAGUACCAUGGUUUUAAACAAACAAAAAAAAACAUAUCAGAAGGACUAAACGGUGGCCGUGCCUGAGUCCCACGCGUGUGUGUGUGACGAACGGUGGACUUGUAUGCUGGGUUUCUAUGCAGAGCCACUCGAAGCCCUGCGUGUUCAGGCUGGUCUAUCGAAACCAUGACUGGGGGGAUGUUUUGUAUGUACAUACAAAAUGUUUGUAUCCGGUGUGGACUCACUUUUUUUGUACAGGGCAUCAGAGAUAAAGGAGAGUUGGAAAGAGAGGGAGAGAGAGGUGGGAGAGGACGGAUGAACCAGAGCAGCAAGCCUUAGCAUUAAGUAGGUAAUGCAAGCAUCCAUAGGCCCCCGUGCCUCAAAAGCCUAGAAAUGUAGAGAUCCAUCUGAAACGGACUUUCUAUUUAUCAACGUUGACCACACAGACAUCCAGAGUAAAAAUUGGCCUGAAACACAUCCAUAACUCUCUCCACAAAUGAUCAAGUGACAAAGAAAAAAAAAAGACAGACUCCAUUUUAUGCACAAAUAACAUGUCCAUGCCUCCUCUGCCGGCAUCUUGACUUUGUGCAGGACAGAAAGUUGCUGUAUACGUCUGACUGUUCCAAUUUUUAAAAAUGCUUUUUUUUUAUGUUUCCUUUUCUGAUUUUGUUCCUCUAGAAUUCCUCAAACAAGAACAGCCUUCUUUCUCGCCUUGUCUUAACGCUUUAAAAUAACCAAACUGGAGUUCUAACUACCAAACUUGUUCAUUAAAAUGAAAAGCCAACCAACUUUGGUUACAACUUUAGUGUCUUUAAUUUUAGCUGAAUGGUUCUGUACUUUGUGCUUUAAAAAGCAGUUUUUUUCCUUUUUGGUGCAAAAACGUCUAGUGUCUCUUGUUCUCUUAGAGGUAUGUUUGUAGCUCUUUUUUUGUUUUGUUUAGAAAACUGAAAUCUCAUGUUCUCCAUUUUAUUUAUUAUGAAAGGUAAACGAUUGUACUUCAUCACCCUUGGCGACAUGCUCAUGAAGUUGAAAUUAAGAUUUGAUACACCAAUAUCAAUUUAUUUAUGUAACUAAAUCACUGUUUUAUAAACUUGUUAAUGAUUCAACAUUUUUGUUUUAAUUAAAUUAGUUUUUUUGAGAGGA